AUGGCUUCAUCAUCAAAAGAUUCCCCCCAACAGGACUCUUUUCUGAGCCCUGUCGUUGUGACGAAUCCCUCGGGUAGAGAGGUACAUAGCCCAAACACUCCAUCGGGCGGCAAACCUAUACUAAUACCGCUUGUACAGCAUUCUUUAUCAGUCUCAACCGCCGCUGCAUCUUCUUCAGGAUCUGGUCCGACAUCUUCAACAUCACCAGCAUCUCCUACCUCUUCACUUUCGCCCGAUAUGGCGUGGAAUCCGGAUCCAGCACGGUUAAUGGUCCACCAUUCUUCUCAUCGAACUUCAUCAUCAAUAGACGGCGAGACUUUACGCUCACGCUCAGAGUCGUUCGCAUCUUCUGCGCCUACGAUGGGCCCAGUUCGAUCUAGAACUAACUCUGAAGUUACCCACAAAGCCAUCUACGAUGAUGUCUCUCUAUCAGAGGCACUUACGCCAGAUCCUCGCAACGAAGCAGACUUUAUUGUGCAGAGCAAUCGGUUUGCCUUUUCUCCUGGGCAGCUGAAUAAAAUGCAGAACCCCAAAUCUCUUGCAGCCUUCCAUGCUCUCGGUGGGCUGCAAGGAUUGGAACGGGGUCUUCGCACAGAUCUGACUGCUGGUCUCUCUGUGGACGAGGCUCGAUUGGAAGGCACUGUUGAUUUCCAACAAGUUACACCCCCAAUGUAUGACAAGCGCCCUUCAGUAAGCAAGCCGCCCCUUGAUACUCCCCCGGCACCGGUCUCUGCUGGUGUUGGCUCGCCAUUUGAAGACCGUGUCAGGGUUUUUAGUGAGAACAGGCUGCCAGCCAGGAAGUCGACUGGCUUCUUCAAGCUCUUCUGGAUUGCAUACAACGAUAAAAUAAUCAUACUCUUGACUAUCGCCGCUAUUGUGUCCUUAUCCCUGGGCAUUUACGAGACAGUGGACGGAGGAACAGGUGUGGACUGGGUGGAAGGUGUCGCUAUCUGCGUUGCCAUUCUCAUCGUCACCAUUGUCACGGCUGCCAACGACUGGCAAAAGGAAAGACAAUUUGCAAAGCUUAAUAAGAAGAAUAAUGACCGCGAGGUCACGGUAGUCCGAUCGGGCAAGUCCAUGAAGAUUUCCGUCUACGAUAUAAUGGUCGGCGACAUCCUCCACCUUGAACCUGGUGACUCUAUCCCCGCCGAUGGAAUUCUGGUCUCGGGUCAUGGUGUUAAAUGUGAUGAGUCGUCCGCUACUGGAGAAUCGGAUCAGAUGAAGAAGCUUGAUGGCCAUGAGGUCUGGCAGCAGAUCGUCGAAGGCACUGCAACCAAAAAGAUCGAUCCGUUCAUGAUUUCCGGGAGUAAUGUCCUUGAGGGCGUUGGCACCUACGUGGUUACUAGCGUCGGACCUUAUUCUACCUAUGGUCGGAUCAUGCUGUCUUUGCAGACGACGAAUGACCCAACACCACUUCAAGUCAAGCUGGGCCGUCUUGCAAACUGGAUUGGAUAUUUGGGCUCGGGUGCUGCCAUUAUUCUCUUCUUCGUUUUAUUGUUUCGAUUCGUUGCCGACCUUCCGAACCACCCCGACACGAGUCCCGCUGUCAAAGGAAAAGAGUUCGUCGAUAUUCUGAUUGUUGCUGUUACGGUUAUCGUCGUGGCCAUCCCAGAGGGCCUUCCACUGGCAGUCACUCUUGCGUUGGCAUUUGCUACUACUCGCAUGGUCAAGGAGAACAACCUUGUUCGUGUUCUUCGUGCGUGUGAGACCAUGGGAAAUGCCACUGUUAUCUGCUCGGACAAGACUGGAACCUUAACACAAAACAAGAUGACCGUUGUUGCGGGCACCUGGGGAACAAGCAAAAGCUUCCAAUCGUCGGGAGAGGAUGAGAUGUCCACUUCUGUCUUCCAAGAGUUCUCUGACCCAGCGCGAGACCUGAUUGUUAAGAGUGUUGCCCUUAACUCGACUGCCUUUGAAGACAGCCAAGGGCAAUUUGUUGGUAGCAAGACUGAAGUUGCGCUCCUCCAAAUGGCCCAGGAUUAUCUCGGCAUGGACCUCGCAUCUGAGCGAGGAUCUUCUGAGAUCGUUCAGCUCAUUCCCUUCGACUCUGCGAGGAAGUGCAUGGGUGUGGUUUACAAGACUAGUGGCAGUUACCGGCUUCUUGUGAAGGGUGCUUCCGAACUCAUGGUAGACGCUUGCAACAUGAAGAUCACAGACGUCGCUACUGCCGAGAAGAUCUUGCCGACCGAAUCCCUUUCUGAGUCGGAGAAACGGGCUAUUUUGGAAACAAUCGAUCAGUACGCCAAGAAGUCGCUUCGCACAAUUGGUAUCGUGUACAAGGACUUUGCUUCGUGGCCUCCUGCCAAGAACCUCGACGAAGAGUCAUCUUUUGAUGAGGCCUUCCAAGGCAUGACUUGGGCCGGAGUCGUGGGAAUUCAAGACCCUCUUCGCCCUGAGGUUCCACCGGCAAUUCGCAAAUGCCAUUCUGCCGGAGUUCAAGUCAAGAUGGUCACUGGCGACAACGUUGCAACUGCAACCGCGAUUGCUUCUUCUUGUGGCAUUAAGACCGACGAUGGACUCGUUAUGGAAGGUUUCAAGUUCCGACAGCUAUCAGACGAGGAAAUGGACCGCGUGAUCCCUCGCCUUCAAGUACUGGCGCGUUCCUCACCAGAGGAUAAGCGUAUCUUGGUCGAGCGCCUCAAGGUCCUAGGUGAGACUGUCGCAGUCACCGGCGACGGCACCAACGAUGGUCCAGCCCUGAGAACUGCCGAUGUCGGCUUCGCGAUGGGUGUCGCAGGCACUGAAGUCGCCAAGGAGGCGUCUGACAUUAUCCUACUCGAUGAUAACUUCUCGUCCAUCGUGACUGCAAUUUCUUGGGGACGCGCUGUCAAUGACGCUGUUGCCAAGUUCUUGCAGUUCCAGAUUACUGUCAACAUUACGGCUGUCGUUUUGACUUUUGUGUCUUCCGUCUACAGCAGCUCAAACAGCAGUGUUCUCAACGCCGUUCAAUUACUCUGGGUCAACCUGAUUAUGGACACCUUUGCUGCCCUUGCCUUGGCUACCGAUGCCCCUACAGAAAAGAUUCUCGAUCGCAAACCCGUUCCCAAGAGCGCUUCCCUCUUUACCAUGACAAUGUGGAAAAUGAUCUUGGGACAGGCAGUAUACCAACUCGCCGUGACCUUCAUGCUCUACUUCGCCGGCGACAAACUCCUUGGCGCCCACCUCGACAGCGUCGACCUAGACCACCGCUCCAAGCAGCUCUCCACAGUGGUCUUCAACACAUUCGUCUGGAUGCAAAUCUUCAACGAAUUCAAUAACCGUCGUCUCGAUAACAACUUCAAUAUCUUCGAAGGCAUGCUCCGGAACUACUGGUUCCUCGGAAUCAACGCCGUCAUGGUCGGUGGUCAAGUCAUGAUCGUCUACGUUGGUGGCGAAGCCUUUGGCGUGACCCCGCUGUCAAGCAUUCUCUGGGCUGUCUGUAUCAUCUGCGCAUUAGGAUGCUUGCCUUGGGCUGUUGUUCUGCGCAUGUUGCCUGAUCGCCACUUCGGAAUCGUGUUCAAUGCGGUCGUGGGUGCUCUGAAUUUCAUCUUGAAGCCGAUCAUCAAGGGCUUCAAUGCCAUUUUCCAGCCGCUCGCGCGAGCUGCUCGUCGCCUCUUCUCUCGACAGAAGCAGCAGAAUGCCGAUGCCCCACAGGAGCUCUCUGACACUCCUGAAUCUCGUGUUGUUACGGACGAGGAGUCUCCUGCUCCAGCCAAGUUGGCUCGACAGGAAAGUUCCGAGCGUCCGCGGACACCACCAACGAUUGUUGUGCCUCCUAUUACGGUCACAGCUUCUCCUUGA